AUGGACGAAACUCAAAAGAUCUUCCAUCGGGUCCUAUUGUUUGCAGGAAUAACAAUUUUUGGAAAACCGGACCAAAACUACAAAAAAUGGCUGCUCUUUCAAUACUUCAAUGUAUUUAUUGGAUUUCUUACUUUUAUGUUUACAACAAUAUUUGUUUUAUCUAACGUUUCCGAUAUUCUGAUAUGCAUACAAGGUGCUUGUAUCUGGACCACAGGCGUUAUAAUGUUUAUAUCUCUUGGAAUCUGUUUACUUUAUCGGAAGGAGUUCAGGUCAUUUCUAGAUCAGAUGGUGUUAGUCGAUUAUGCGUUGGAAAUGCCUUUGAUAAAACACAUUUCUCAAAUUCAAGUGGAACAUGAGAAAUUGCGACAGCUAAAGGAGCUAGUGAACAAGUCGCAGAAGAAUUUGUUGAAAUUAACAAGAAUUCUAUUGAAAGCUUACGUUUUUUCCGUCUGGUUGUGUGUGACUUUGUACUUAUGUGGGCCGAUAUAUCGCAUGAGCGUGAGCCAGGAUAAAUCGCUGCGUUUGUUAGCUUUCGACAUGUGGUUUCCUUGGGGGUUGGAAAACUUUACCGUCUAUGUCGCCUCGUUUGUGUUCCACGCAUACGCCGCGUUUUUGUGCUGCAUCGCUUACGCUGGACUGCAAUCAAUGAUAAUUUUAUUAGUUGCCCAAAUUAUCCGUCAUUUGAGGAUACUAACUUUUGUUCUACUGAAUUUGAAUGAAUUGGUAGAAGAACUAGUAGAAGGGAAGGUGGAGUUAUGGCAACCGGGAUGCACUUUGAUACUCUCGCAAUGUGUGGACCAUUACGUGAAAAUCAAAAGGUUCGCGAAUAGGCUGAAUAGUAUAACGCGGCCGUUCUAUCUGGCGCUGAUAUUGGUUGCGAUAAUGCUUGUGUGCGUGUGCUCUGUGAAAAUUGCUAUUUCAGACAAGCUAUCUCCCGAUGUGAUGAAGUAUUACGUACACGAGAUUUGUUUCAUAAUGGUGGUAUUAAUGUUUUGUUUUCUGGGUCAGCAAGUCGACAACGAGUGUGAAAAAUUAGAAAAGGCUGUCACAGAGAAAUGGUAUAUCUUCAGCAGCCAGCACCGGGUGAAUGUCCGGAUAUUCGAGAUGGCGGUGAGUCAGAGGAUGCCCAUAUACAUUUUUGGCUCGAUCGCUUUAUCUCUGCCGACGUUCACUUGGUUUAUCAAGACAGGGAUGUCCUUCUUCACGUUAGUGAUGUCAGUUUUAAACGAAUAAUUAAAUGAUUAUUAAAUAGUA